GAGAUGAGGUGCCUCACGCUGGAGAGAGUGGUGUCUGUCCGUACCAUCGAGGCUGACGUGUGCUGACUGACGGGUGCCAUGUGUCCUGUCUGUGUGUGUCCUGUCCUGCAGGAGCUUGAAAGCUGCGCUGUCAGAGCACUUUCUCUGUGGGUACACAUCGCAAAGGAUUGUGGGUGGUGGGCUCAGUGCCUCGCCAAUGGUGGAGAGUUGCUAGUGAUCCUUGGGCACAGGGACAUUUGACAACUACUGCUCCACUGCCGACCAGAAGACACAGCCAAGCCCAGCUGCAGUGGAGAGCAGCGUGAGAGAUUCCAGUUCCGAUUUUCCUGCUCCGCUGUGCACAUCCUGACUUCCCGAAGCAAUGGUUCUAAUGUGAUCAUGCACAAGAAUCUCCCGAGGGACUUAUUAAAAAGGCAGAUGUCAGACAACCUGGGAAAGUGGAGCACGGACAGAGUUACUGUGGCAUUUUAGGCACGACCAUGGUAUCGUAUAGUAUAUGGUUGAGUCUUGAACAACAUGGGUUUGAACUAGGCAGUCCACUCAUCCACAGGUGUUUUUCAAUAAAAGGAGUGUGUUGGUGUUGGAAGGCUGUCUCAGGGCACCUCUUCCUGAACCCUCUGCUCCCUGGGAGACCAAGUCUGGGUCAAGAUGGCGUCUGUGUUUCGCAGUGAGGAGAUGUGUUUGUCACAGCUAUUUCUCCAAGUAGAAGCUGCAUAUUGCUGUGUCUCUGAGCUUGGAGAGCUUGGAUUGGUUCAAUUCAAAGAUUUAAAUGUGAAUGUGAACAGCUUCCAAAGGAAAUUCGUGAAUGAAGUCAGAAGGUGUGAGUCGAUGGAGAGGAUCCUCCGUUUUCUGGAAGAUGAGAUAAAAAAUGAGAUUGAGGUUCAAUUGCCGGACAAGUCCCCAUCAACCCCUCUCCCACGGGAAAUGAUUACCCUGGAGACCGUUCUAGAAAAACUAGAAGGAGAGUUACAGGAAGCCAACCAGAACCAGCAGGCAUUGAAGAAAAGCUUCCUAGAACUCACUGAACUCAAAUAUCUCCUGAAGAAAACCCAGGACUUCUUUGAGACGGAAACGAAUUUACCUGAUGAUUUCUUUACUGAAGACACUUCUGGUCUCCUGGAAUUAAGAGCUAUGCCUGCAUACAUGACUGGAAAGCUGGGGUUCACGGCUGGUGUGAUAAACAGGGAGAGAAUGGCUUCCUUUGAGAGGCUGCUUUGGCGAGUUUGCCGAGGAAACAUCUACUUAAAGUUCAGUGAGAUGGACACAGUUCUGGAGGACCCCGUCACGAAAGAAGAAAUUAAAAAGAAUAUGUUUAUCAUAUUUUAUCAAGGAGAGCAGCUCAGACAGAAAAUCAAGAAGAUCUGUGAGGGGUUUCGAGCCACCAUAUACCCCUGCCCAGAGCCUGCGGGGGAGCGAAGAGAAAUGCUGGAUGGUGUCAACAUGAGGCUGGAAGAUUUAGCCACUGUCAUCACCCAGACAGAGUCUCACCGUCAGGGUCUCCUGCAGGAAGCCGCUGCCAGCUGGCACUCCUGGGUCGUCAAAGUGCAGAAGAUGAAAGCCAUUUACCACACCCUAAACCUGUGCAACAUUGAUGUCACCCAGCAGUGCAUCAUCGCCGAGAUCUGGUUCCCGGUGGCAGACACCGGGCGCAUCAAGAGGGCGUUAGAGCAAGGCAUGGAACUCAGCGGCUCCUCCAUGGCCCCUAUCUUGACAGCAGUGCAAUCGACAACAGCUCCUCCCACAUUUAACAGGACCAAUAAAUUCACCGCUGGCUUCCAGAAUAUUGUAGACGCCUAUGGCGUAGGCUGUUACCGAGAGAUGAACCCAGCUCCCUAUACUAUUAUCACUUUCCCUUUCCUGUUUGCUGUGAUGUUUGGAGACUGUGGUCAUGGAACUGUGAUGCUCCUAGCAGCCCUUUGGAUGGUCCUAAAUGAGAGACGCUUGCUGGCCCAGAAGACGGACAAUGAGAUCUGGAACACCUUCUUCAACGGGCGCUACCUCAUUCUCCUAAUGGGCAUCUUCUCCAUUUACACGGGGAUGAUUUACAACGACUGCUUCUCUAAGGCUUUCAACAUCUUUGGCUCUUCUUGGAGUGUCCAGCCCAUGUUCAGAAAUGGCACAUGGAAUAUGAAAGUGAUAGAAACAAAUCCACUUCUACAGCUGGACCCGGCCGUUCCAGGAGUGUACUCCGGAAAUCCGUACCCAUUUGGGAUUGAUCCGAUUUGGAAUUUGGCUUCAAACAAACUAACGUUCCUGAAUUCCUAUAAGAUGAAAAUGUCGGUUAUCCUGGGAAUCGUCCAGAUGGCUUUCGGCGUCAUUCUCAGCCUUUUCAAUCACAUAUACUUCAGAAAAACACUCAACAUCAUUCUGCAAUUUAUUCCUGAGAUGAUUUUUAUGCUGUGUCUGUUUGGAUACCUGGUUUUCAUGAUCAUUUUCAAGUGGUGCCACUUCGACGUCCAUGUGUCUCAGAAAGCUCCAAGCAUCCUCAUCCACUUCAUCAAUAUGUUUAUGUUCAACUACAGUGACUCUUCAAACGCACCUCUGUACCAACACCAGCAAGAAGUGCAAACUUUCUUUGUUAUUAUGGCCUUGAUUUCUGUGCCAUGGAUGCUUCUGAUCAAGCCGUUAAUUCUUAGAGCCAGUCAUCGGAAAUCCCAGCUGCAGGGAUCCAUGAUCCAAGGACAUGCCACGGAGGACAUCGAAGGUGACAGCUCCAACUCUUCCCUGCGCGGUGAUCAGGCCACUUCUGCAGGUGCUCACGGGACCCAGGAUGACCAUGAAGAAGAGUUCAAUUUUGGAGACAUAUUCGUGCAUCAAGCCAUCCACACGAUCGAAUACUGCCUGGGCUGCAUUUCCAACACCGCCUCUUACCUCCGGCUCUGGGCCCUCAGCCUGGCUCAUGCAGAGCUGUCUGAAGUGCUGUGGACCAUGGUGAUGAACAUCGGCCUCCGCCUACGAGGCUGGGGAGGCCUCGUCGGGGUCUUCAUCAUUUUCGCCAUAUUUGCUGUUCUGACAGUCGCCAUCCUUCUCAUCAUGGAGGGGCUCUCUGCUUUCCUGCACGCCCUGCGACUGCACUGGGUGGAGUUCCAGAACAAGUUCUACGUUGGGGCUGGUUACAAGUUUUCUCCAUUCUCCUUUAAAAACAUCCUGGAUGGGACAGCCGAGGAAUAGCUGUUGGUCUGACGGCUGCAGCCACCUCCUGCACCAGUCGUGUAUUUAACAUCAGCCUGUGCAAGAUGGUCGGUGGAAUGCUUGAGGCAAGAAGCCAUGUAUUAUUCACUUACAAGCCUUGAGAUUUGACUUCACCAUGUCACAGAGGAACUACACUGGCAAGUUAUUUCAACCUCGUGGGGUCUUAAUUGUCAAAUACUAAAAUGGUUAAGAAAUGGGAGGGGGCACUAAACUCAUGUUUUCUUCCAAUAUUUUGAGUACUAUAUUUAAGAGAAUAAACUUCUGGGCCAUUCACUUUUUCUUUUAAGAUGUCUUUAUUCAAAUUUUUAUUCCAUAAAAUUUAGUGUUGAGAAUUACACGGCAAAGUUAAACAAUAGAGUUAUGCAAACUAAUUCAGGAGAAGGAUUAUAUUUAUUUUAUUCCUUCAUUUCCUGCUUCCUCAAACACCUUUUUUCCUUGUCUGGGGCUAAGCUCUACAAGAUUAGGAACUUUCUCAUGAAUGUUCACUCCAGGUGAGAAAGAACAGAUAAUGUUCUGUGUUGGAUGAAGGGCUCACCCCGGGUGGCUCUGCAUUGUUAAAUCCUGUGGAAUGAAGUGUGGCAACAUAUCAUUGAUGACUUUGUUUACUCUCAAACCACAUUACGCUGGAGUAACUGGAGAAAUUGACUUGUAGUCUUGGCCAAGUUCUGGAAAAUGACGUGACAGAUAGUGUGCCCUGACACUCUCUGGGUUAGUUGGCCCCGAAGUCAUUUCUUAGGGCACCUGGCUUGGUAAACUCCUAAGAGCCAGGUGUAGAAUAAGAUUGUUUCAAAUGGACACACAGACCAAUGGAAUAGAAGUGAGAGCCCAGAAAUAAACCCACACGCAUGUGGGCAACUAAUUUUUGACUACGAGCCAAAAAACAUACAACGGAGAAAAGAAAGUCUCUUCAAUAAGUG